AUGCGCUCGCUACGGCUCUACGCCACCUUCUCGCGGGCCAGGUCACUCAAAGACAAAGGGCCAGUUCUCACCCUCGAACAGUUCCUGCAAAAGCAACGAGUCCUCGGAUUCUGGAGGGAGAUAAUGCGAGAGGUGCAUAAGAUCCCGCCGUCGUCGACUCGGCAGGAGAUGCGAGAGUUUGCCCGGACGGAAUUCGAGAGGAAUCGGCAUCUCAAGGACCUGGAUCAUAUCCGAUAUCUUGUUGCAACGGGAAAGACUCAGCUGGACAGCAUGAGACGUUAUGUGGAACAGAUUGCUCGGUGA